AUGCAGCGCACACUGGGACGACAGGAACGGGGACGCGAUGGCCCAACCAAUGGAGCUGAACAUCGGUCCGAGACGCAUAUCGAGCUUGAUGCUCUGAUCGUAGGGGCUGGCUUUGCAGGAGUAUACUUACUGCAUCGACUGCGUCAAGAAGGCUUCAUGGUACAAAUAGCGGAAGCAGGCACUGGAUUAGGUGGGAUAUGGCAUUGGAAUAGCUAUCCAGGCGCCAGAGUCGACAGUCAGUAUCCCGUAUAUGCUCUUGGCAUACCAGAAGUGUAUAAUAGCUGGGCGUGGAGCCAGAUGUAUCCUGGAGAGAAGGAGCUCAAACGGUAUUUCCAACAUGUCGACAAAGUGCUCAACAUCAGCAAAGACGUUCUGUACGAGCACAAAGUGAUCGCAGCUGGAUUUGAUCCUUCUAUCGACAAGUGGCGAAUACAAAUGGAGAAUGGCGUUCGAAUAUCUACCCGUUGGUUCAUCCCAUGUCUUGGUUUUGCAGCCAAACGCUACUUUCCUGACUGGCCAGGCGUUGAUAAGUAUAAAGGCUACGUUUGUCACUCGUCGUUCUGGCCUUCUGAAGGCGUAGAUAUGCGAGGGAAGCGGGUAGCUGUGAUUGGCACUGGUGCCACAGGAAUACAGAUCGCUCAAGAAGCGGCUAAGGAAGCCGACCACUUGACCUGCUUUAUACGUACUCCAAAUACAUGCGUACCUAUGAAUCAAGGACCAGUCGACCCGGAACAGGCGAAGAAGGAUCUCGAAGCUUUGCAUGGUCAGCUUAGUGCAACUAGGUACGAUAAUCAUGCCGGAUUUCUAUAUGCUGCUCCGACCAAGGGUGUACUUGAUGACCCGCCUGAUAUCCGUGAGGCUGUACUUGAGGAGGCGUGGCGAGUAGGAGGGUUCCGGAUUCUGUUCAGCUAUAACAAUAUUCUUACUAAUCAGGAGGCAAAUGACGAGCUGUACAAGUUCUGGGUCAAGAAGCGAAGAGCACAGAUCACUAAUCCGCAAAAGAGAGAUAUACUGGCGCCGGAGACUCCCCCACAUCCCUUCGGCGGUCGGAGGUUGAGCUUGGAGCAGGACUAUUAUGAACAGAUGGACAAAGACCAUGUUACGCUGGUCAAUGUGAAGCAGAACGACAUCGCCCGAUUUGUCGAGAAUGGCAUCGUCACCGAGGACGGAGUACUGCAUGAGUUGGACAUCAUUGCACUAGCCACCGGCUUCGACAGCGUGACAGGUGGUCUGAAGGACCUUGGCGUCACAGGCUUGAAUGGAGAAUUACUAACCGAGAAGUGGCGGAUGGGUACAUAUACAUACCUGGGAAUGACAGUAGCAAACUUCCCGAACUUCCUAUUCGCGUACGGCCCGCAGAGUCCUACCGCAUAUGCAAAUGGUCCGACAAUUGUGGAGAAGCAAGACGAAUGGAUCGUCGCUGUACUGAAGAAGAUGCGAGAUCUGGGUAAGACUCGACUCAAUGCCAACGAGGAUGCGGAGCAGGCGUGGAGGGAGACGAUCAGGAGCUUGCACAGCUUGAGUCUAAGAGACAAGGUUGAAGGCUGGUACAUGGGCACGAACAUUCCUGGGAAGCCGAGAGAAGCACUAAAUUAUGCUGGAGGCGUGCCGUUGUAUGUCAAGACCAUAUUUGGGGCACUGGACGAUGAUCUCAGGGGCUUCACUGUAACUUAA